AAUAAGUCCAUCCAUAAAAUUUUCUUGCUACUAAAUAUUCCAUGGUCAAUGGUUAGUGGUAAUAUAACAAAGUGGAAGCAACUGGUAACAACAGCAAAUCAGCCACGAAGUGGUAGGCCACAUAAAAUGAUAAAGCAGGGUCAGCGCAUGCUGAAGAGCACAGUGCCCAAAAGUCCCAACUGUCUGCAGAGUCAAUAGCUAAAGACCUCCAAACUUCAUGUAGCCUUCAGAAAUCUUCAUGAAAUGGGUUUCCAUGGCCGAGCAGCUGCAUCCAAGCCUUACAUCACCAAGUGCAAUGCAAAGCAUCGUAUGAAGUGGUGUAAAUCAUGCCACCAUUGGACUCUAG